AUGCAAAAAUUUUUUUACACGAUUUCAAUAUUACUGCUUUCAAACUGCUUGAGUUUUGGUAUUGCUGUUUACCGUGAUCCAUCCUGCGGAACUACACAAGACCCAUGUGACAAGGUGAACUCUCUGUUAGCCCCUUGCGGUAUAACUGUUCCUUCGCCACCUGCUGCUGCCUAUCUCACAAAAUGUGCGUGCAACAAAGUCUUUUAUGAUUUACUGGUAAAGUGCACAACUUGCAUGAGUACCGAUACUACAACAGUCUACACCAAAAAUCAGCAACAAUACGAAGCUGACUGUAACAGUUUUGGUGCAGAAUUUAUGGAAAGCGGGUAA